AGUGAUGUUAGAAUUAAAUUGGGAGCUGAAAUACUUGAUAAAGGAGCAGUUUAUGAGGGAGAAUGGCUUAAAGGUAAACGUGAUGGAACUGGAAAAUAAGUUUGGCCUGAUGGAUCAAUAUAUGAAGGAUAAUGGAUUGAGGAUCACUGUUGUGGAAAGGGAAAACUUAUUAAUGGGGAUGGUGAUAUUUAUGAAGGAGAUUGGUUAGAAGAUUAAGCAAAUGGAUUUGAAAUUUAUUAACUUAUAAAUGGUGUUAAAUAUGAGGGAUGAAUACUUAUGUAAAAAUUAACUUAGUGGUUUUAUGAUUAACAAGAAGGAAAAGGUGUUGAAAAAUAGCCAGAUGGAGCAAAUUAUGAAGGUGAAUAUCAUGAAGGAAGAAAGGAAGGUAAUGAUAUUUUUUAUUUUGCUGAUGGAUCAAAAUAAAAAGGGUGCUUUAUUAAUUAUGAAAUACACUGAAAUGGAGUUAUUGAAUUGUCAGAUGGAAGGGGUUGUAAGGGUGAUUGGAAAAAAAAUAAAAUAAAUGGAAUAGGGGAAAUUAAAUGGAGUGAUGGUCGAAAAUUUGUUGGAGUACUAUUAAUAUCGAUUGAAAGAAUUACUCAGAAGAUUUGAAACAUGGAAGAGGAUAGUUUUGGUGGCCAGAUGGUAGAAGAUAUGUGGGAAAUUGGGUUUUAGGUAAAUAAGAAUGAUAUGGUGCUUAUUAUAUGCCUAAUUAACUAGUUAAAUAUGGGAUUUUGUAGGAUGUAAUGAGAAAAUAAUGGAUAGGGAAUGAGGAAUUGGAAUAGUUAAAGGGU